AUGAUCACAUGGCCAAUGUUUGCUGAUCAAUUUUACAAUGAGAAGUUGCUUGUUGAUGUUUUAAAGAUAGGAGUUUCUGUUGGAUCAAAAGUGAAUGAGCUAUGGCUUAGCAUUGGUGAACAUGAAGUGGUGAGAAGGGAAGAGAUUGCAAAGGGUGUUGAGAUUUUGAUGGGAAGUGGUGAAGAGAGCAUGGAAAUGAGGAUAACUGCAAAAAAGCUUGGUGAUGCUGCCAAGAGGAGUAUAAUGGAAGGUGGAGACUCUUACAACAACUUGAUUCAGUUGAUUGAUGAGCUGAAAUCAGUAAAGAUUGCAAGAGAACUUGAAAAAAAUUAG